CAAUAACAAUUCCUUCAACCUUAAUUUUUCUUGUUCUAGUUUUUACCUUUUUAAUCUGUUCUUCUUUCCAUCUAUAUUUCCAAUUCUGCAUUGCCUUCGUCCAGCUUCAAUUCCUCGAUUCUUUAAAGACUGUAUGUGCGUCAGUUGUUAAAGUUGAGAAGGGAAAAGCAGAGAAUCCGCAUGGGAUUCCUGAGCACUUUCUUCGGAAUUUUUGGUUUCUUGGUCGGGUCUCUGAUUGGAAUCGUGUUGGGUUUUUAUCUCUUCAUCUAUGCGGAGCCUGAACACGUUGAGGAUCCCAAAGGCAAGGCACUUGACAAGCUCGAUACAACUGAAAUGCAAGAUCUUAUGCCUGAAAUUCCAUGGUGGGUGAAGAAUCCUGAUUAUGAGAGGGUAGACUGGUUAAACAAAUUUAUUCAUGACAUGUGGCCUUUCAUUGAUAAGGCAAGCCAUGGAACCAUUAGAAGCAUAGCAGAGCCUAUAUUUGCUGACUACAUAGGGAUGUGUAAGAUAGAAUCAAUUGAAUUUGAAAAAAUAAGCCUUGGAACUCUUUCACCAACAAUUCAUGGUCUUAAAGUUUACGAGACAAAUGAGAGUGAACUAGUAAUGGAGCCAGCAAUUAAGUGGGCGGGAAAUCCUGACAUAUUAGUCACCGUAAAGUUAGCAUCUUUAAGAAUCUUAAUCCAGUUGGUGGACAUACAAAUUGAAGCAGCUCCACGUAUCACAUUAAAGCCUCUCGUUCCAACACUUCCAUGUUUUACAAACAUUGUUGUAUCCUUAAUGGAGAAGCCACAGGUUGACUUUGGAUUGAAAGUGCUGGGUGGAGACAUCAUGUCUAUUCCUGGCCUAUAUCGUUAUGUUCAGGAAACUAUCAAAAAACAAGUAUCAAGCCUCUACCUGUGGCCACGGUUCCUUGAAAUUCCAAUUCUUGAUGCUUCAACUGUGGCUGCUAAGAAGCCUGUUGGGAUAUUACAUGUAAGAGUUGUACGAGCCAUGAAGCUCUUGAAGAUGGACUUGCUCGGACUUUCAGAUCCUUACGUUAAACUAAGUCUGAGUGGAGACAGGUUGCCCACUAAGAAAACUACCAUCAAGAAGAAAACCUUAUACCCUGAGUGGAAUGAGAAUUUUAAGCUAAUUGUGAAGGAACCUCAGUCUCAGUUUCUUCUUAUAGAUGUCUAUGAUUGGGACAAGGUUGGAGCACAUGACAGGCUGGGAAUGCAAGUUUAUCCUUUGAAGCUUCUAAAUGCAAACGAGACAAAAGAGUUGACACUAGACCUGCUUAAGAGUACAGAUAUAACUGAUCUUCAUAAUAAGAAGCAGAGAGGCCAAAUUGUGCUUGAGCUGAGGUACGCUCCUUUCAGAGAAGACAGUGCUUCGUUUAGCGGGCCUCUUGACAGAUUCAGUAGGAAAGCAAGCAUAAUUGACACUAAAUCCAGCAAUGAGAGUUACAGCGGAGCUGGUUUACUUUCGGUUACUGUUUAUGGAGCUGAGGAUGUAGAAGGGUCACGUCACAACAAUCCAUACGCUCUGAUAAUUUUCCGAGGAGAAAAAAGGAAAUCAAAGAUGAUCAGGAGAACUCGUGAUCCAGCAUGGAAUGAAGAGUUCCAGUUUACGCUGGAUGAGCCUCCUGUUUCUGAGAAGAUUCGUGUGGAGGUCAUGAGUAAGCGUACACGAUUCGGAUUGCAAUCAAAGGAAUCACUGGGAUAUGUGGAAAUCAACCUUGCUGAUGUUGUGAACAAUGGAAGAAUGAAUGAAAAAUACCAUUUAAUUGAUUCAAAGUAUGGACAGAUACAUGUUGAAUUACGAUGGAAAACAGUACAAGUGCAAUUGUCUUGAACAUGAUGGAUGUUCUGGUAAAAUUUCAACUAUAGCAACAUCCUUAGUGCGAAUGAAAGGUCGGCUACUGGAAGAUAAAUCCUCGAGAUUGAGUGCCAAAAGUUACGUUGUUCCGUUUGGGUAUUACUACAUUAUUGGUCAAAUUCUUGAAAGGGAAAAUUGCAGAAACCUCCCUUGAGGUUUCUGACA